AACUUUAUAUAUAUGAUUGGUUUGUUGUAAAUAUCACGUAUAAGAAUUAAUAUCAUAUGCUGAAAUCAAUGAAUAAUAAUUUGGUUGGAAUAUUUUUACUUUAUCAUAUUAGAAAAUUUAUUUAUGUUAUUGCUCAGAAGUACCUUUUUAAUUUUUUCAAAUUAAAUACCUAAAAAUUCUCCAAAAAACUUUUUAAGGUGCUCUCUCCUGGAGUCCAGUCUCCAUUUUUCUUCAGCUGAUUUGCCAUCAUCAUUAUACAUUUCACAUAUUUUACAGCUAAAACCACCUUUGAUCUCACAAAAAAGCUUGCUUUUUUACACCCAUCACCCCCCCCUCCCCCCCCCCCCCCCCCCUUGCUUUUCUCACACUUGUUAAUCUCCAUUGCAAAUCUUGAAAUUCCACUCUUCUUCUUGCUGCUACCUCUCAGCUCUACAAUGGCAAUCAUAACUGAAGAACCAGAUUCACCAACACCAAAGAAACAACAAAAACCCCUUAAACCCACUUCAAGAACUCCUCAAUCAACCACCCCAAAACCUACAAAAUCCACCAAAACAACAAAUACAACAAACCCUUUUCAUUUCUGGUUCUACUUCACCAUUUCAGUCUCUUUAAUAACCCUCAUAUUCAUGAUUCUCACUUCUCUUUAUCCACAAGAUCCUAAAACAUGGUUCCUUAGUCUGCCCUCUAAUCUACGCCAACAUUACUCUAAAGGGAGAAAUAUCAAAGUUCAGACUACUCCUAACCAGCCACAAAUUGAAGUUUUUGCUAUUCAAGAAGGACCAUCAAAGGCUUCUGAUCAGGUACUUAUUGUACAUGGACUAGGGUGUAGUUCUUUUGCUUUUCAGAAAGUUGUCAGCUUUUUGGGCGUUAGAGGUGUUCAUGCUGUUGCUAUUGAUCUGCCUGGCUCUGGGUUUUCGGAUAAGACGAUAGUUGUGGAGGAAGAACAUGUGGAUGAUGGGGUUCUAGGGAGGCUUAAGGACAUGUACAGUGAAAUUCAAGAAAAGGGUAUUUUUUGGGGGUUUGAUCAGCUUGUUGAGCAGGGGUAUGUGAAUUAUGAGGAAAAUAAAAUCAGGGUUUCGAAAAGAAAUGUUGUUAAGACUGUUGAUUUGGGCCCUGAAGAGAUUGGAAAAGUGUUAGGUCAAGUGAUUGAUACAAUGGGGUUGUCACCUGUAGAUUUGGUUUUGCAUGAUUCUGCCUUGGGUUUGAGUGCUAAUUGGAUUUCGGAGAAUCGGGGACUGCUUAGAAGUGUGGUGGUUCUAGAUAGUGCGCCGAGUGGAGCAGCAUUGCCAGUAUGGGUGUUGGAAAUGCCACUGUUAGGGGAUGUUGUUUUGGGAUUGGGAUUUGCUUUUAGGAGAUUACUUGGAACUUGCUGUUUGAGAUGGGUUGGUAACGCGGAGGCUGAGUGUCAUAGGAUUCUUUUGAAGGGAAAGGAUGGAAGAGGAGCUGUUGUAGGGAUGAGGAGGAGUCUGAAUUCUAGUUUUGAUUUGAAUGAAUGGGUUGCUUUAGAUGGAGUGAAAGGGCUACCAAUGCAAGUAAUUUGGUCUGAUGCCUUGUCCAAGGAGUGGACCGAGGAGGGACGUCAAGUUGCUGAUGCGAUCCCCCAGGCAAAGUUUGUUGGUCAUUCUGGUGGGAGAUGGCCCCAGGAGCAUAAUUCUGAGGAGAUUGCUGAAAGUAUCUGUCAAUUUGUUUCCUCCUUGCCGAAGUCUGUGAAACAAACUGAGGAAGAACCUGUACCUGAACAUGUCCAGAAGAUGUCCGAUGAAGCGCAGAGUGGUGAUCGCCACCACCAUCGCCACCACCAUGGUCAUGAUAGCCAUGGCCACGGUCACGAGCAUGCUCAUGCCGGAUAUAUGGAUGCAUAUGGGCUCGGUCAAGGGUGGGCCAUGUGAUUUGCAUACCAGAAAAUGUACUCUCUUGAUUGUUUUCCAAGUUGUAAGACUACAGUGAAAUUCCUCUCUCGUUUUCCCCUCCAGAUGCAGUUUCAUAGCGGUAACUGCGUAGAGCUUUUCUACUAUCUAAUUUUUGUUAUCGUACAAGUGUGGGCAAUUAUGUUGAGAGUUUGUAAUGUAAUUUGAGGUGUAGUAAGAACAAUGCUGGCUGCUUCACACAAAUCUUUGAUAUGCAUUUAUCUCUUUGUAAUCUCUAAAAUGCAAUACUUGUAUACUUAACCAUCUAUCCAAAGCAUGAAAGCCGAAGUCAACC